AUGAAGAUACAGUGCAAUGUUUGUGAGGCAGCGGAGGCGAACGUGCUGUGUUGUGCGGACGAGGCGGCGUUGUGUUGGACUUGUGACGAGAAGGUUCAUGCAGCUAACAAGCUUGCUAGUAAACAUCAAAGGGUUCCUCUUUCUACUUCUUCUCCUCAGAUGCCUAAAUGUGAUAUUUGUCAGGAGACUGCUGGUUUUUUCUUUUGUCUAGAAGAUCGAGCGUUGCUCUGCAGGAAAUGUGAUGUUGCCAUACACACAGCAAAUACCCAUGUGUCUGCUCAUCAGAGGUUUCUGCUCACUGGUGUAAAGGUAGGUCUAGAACCUACUGAUCCUGGGGCUUCCUAUUCCUGUGGGAAGUCACCUUCAGAGGAAAAAACAACCUCGGAAACAAAAUCACGUCCUAUUUCUAGAAGAGGCACCUCAAUGCCUUUGGUUAGUUCAUGCAAUCAAGUUUUGCCUGCAAAUGUUUGUGGAGUUGGAGACUUUGGGCCUGCUAAGCUGCCCUAUUCUGGAGGUUCAGCAGCUUCCAGCAUUUCACAGUGGCAAAUAGAUGAAUUUCUUGAACUGGCUGAGUUUAAUCAAAAUUAUGGCUAUAUGGAUAAUGGAUCAUCUAAGACUGGGUCCAUUAUUAGUACAGUUGAGUUUGAUCUAAUUCUUGUUUUUGCGGUUGGGAUGUACGUACUUCUGAAGGCCGAUAGUGGCAAACGUGGAGAUUCUGACAGCUCUGCAAUUUUAAGAUCUACUGAAGAAGAGGUAGAUGAUGAAGAAUGCUUGGGUCAGGUGCCAGAUAGCUCCUGGGUAGUGCCCCAAAUUUCUUCCCCACCUACAGCCUCAGGGCUCUACUGGCCAAGAAGUAUUCAUAACCAUUCGGAUACAGCAAUUUUUGUCCCUGAUAUAUGUGGCUCAGCUGUGCAAAACCGUCGUCACUAUCAGCAGCAUGGCACUGUUUCCAAACGACGGCGGCAACUCUAG